AUGAGCAUGAUGUUUUUUUAUCUAUUUUUAAGGAAAACAUAGGGAACAUCUGUAGGGACCUCGGUAUUUAACGUGGAUUACGAGGUACAGAGGUACGCAUUACCCAUGGAACUGGUGCCAGUGAACCACUUCGCAAUGCGUUAUAAAGUUCUGUUUGCUUUUGUGCUUUUCGUUGGACCAACUAGUUUUGUGUUUGCUCGUCGAAGACACUCAAAUAGAUAUCUUUCAAACGCAAUCGACGCAGGUAAGGAGAAAGAAUUGUCAUCGAUUCGGGGUUAGAGUCACAGUUAUCUUCCUCUGUAUUUCCGUUUAGGUAUGCCCCUUUGUGAAAGGUAAGGCAUAAUUGCCUAGAUUCGGGUUUAGAAAUGGGACUAGAAAAAUUUAAAGGUAAACCGAUCACGCUUAGCCAAUCUUACCGUUUUAGUGUUGCAAAUAUAAAGGGUGCAAAUUGCGUCUGGAUGUGACCCAGCUAUAAUGGCUCAGUGUCUAAAUGAAUUUGUCCAUCCAGUAACUCAUAGCAUCCAUUUGAGUAGGGACAAUUUUUACUCUCGGUCCUUUGACAUGAAUUUCCUGACUUAAAACCACUGAACAAAAUUUUGACUUGGUCCAAGCAAUUCCUGCUAAGCUGUGAUUCCUACCUGUGGGAGGUAUCGUUUAGAAACGGAAUGGAAGAAUUUAUCGCGAGUUAAAUAUCAGAUUUUAUAUUUCCGACAAUUCUCCUAUGUUUCUGUCGAGUAACAAGCAAAGAUACACUUCAUCUUAAAGAUUUCCUUGUUAGUCAUAGUUUACUAAAGGCACCAUUGUGCUAUAGGUUAAUGCAUGAACCCUGAUGGAAGCGUUUAUAGCCAGAUGUUUCCCAAACAGUUUUUACGUGGCGUGAGGCUAGGUAAUAUCCGCUGUUGAUUGAUUUAUUGCUAGUUUCCUUCACAGCCGUUUUCUCAGAUAUCACGCGAGGACGCUUCUCCCGUCGUUGCGUGACAUCCUUUUCCUCGAAUUGCUAGACCGAUCAUUGAUGAGAAUAGUAAAUCUUUUUACGCAAAGUUUGGGACAACAAAGAGUUAGAAAAUCCAGAGCUUGAAAUGAUAGGACCACGCUGUUUAAUUGCUUUGUACUUUUGGAUUUGAUCUCGUCGUCUAACCCAUUUGCUUCCCAACAGAAAACCUGAAGAUCCCAGCCUCAAACGUUACAGCGGAGAAAAUCAUGAGAUAUUUCCUUCGCCGCGAUGACAGCCUGAUCACCAGACGAUCCAAACGACAAAUUGGUGAAGAAACUUUGCCAAAUAAUACCAUCAAUAAUGUCAUAUACGUCAUCGAUUCCUCCAACUCGAUCCGAGAAGAAAACUUCCAGAAAGGGCUUAGAGCAUUGGUUUACCUGACUGAAAAGGCGAGACCUGAUACACUUUACGCUGUGGUGAAUUUUGCUACGGACGCCACUGUGCUUACGCCAAAAUUCAUCUCUGAGAACGAAACAAUAGCUCUACUGCCGACUGUGAAGCGAAAGGCUGGCCUUACUAAUACCCAGGAGGCUUUGCAGGUGUGCAAAGACAAGCUCUUUGGAAGUGCAUUGUAAGUAUAUGUCGCGUACGUGGAAACUGCGGUUGCACUGAACCAGACUGAACUUACAAUCAAGAGUUCUUGGUCUAAGCCUCGUCCAGUUGUUGUUUGCCAUGGUAUGGCAUUCGAAAGUCACAUAUUGCCUUCAACCACCUAGCAUUUUAUAGGGUACUAAUGAAUUGUCAGGGAAAACUGACAACCUACACGUUGCAAUGACUUAGCUGAUCCUUUUCAAAGGAAGUGGCUCAUGACCCUUCAUGCCAAGAAAAAUGCGAUCAGCCCAUUAUCAGAUCACGAGAGCAUAGCCGGGGUGGCGGGGAAGGGUCUCUGAGAUACGCGAUUCUCCAACUCUAGAUUGGAGAAGUAAUACUAAUUAAUACUGAUUAAUGACAAACAUCUUAAAUUCAAUGAGAUGCUCUGACUGGACGCUCUGUCGGAAGAACUGACUUACACUUUUGUGGCUUGAUCUCAUUUGCUAUUUAAAAAAGGGACCGCGCAGAGGGAGGGACUUGGGGGCUUUAUCUCCCCCCCCCCAACUCUUUUUGCGAAAAUAAAAAUAAAUUAAACAAAAAAUAAUUUAACAAAAAUAACGGAGCCAAAAAUGGCCCUCCCCCCCACUCAAAAACUUGCUGCGCUGUCCCUGUAAAUUAAAUCAGAUGGCGAGGAAUAAUACCAGUUGCUUUCUGAAAAUUUGCUUUAUUUUCAGAAAUUGCUUAAAUAACUUAGUAUAUCUCUUUGUUUUUUAUAUGCAGAUCUGGCUUUGACCCAGCAGGUCCCAAAAAUGUUCUCCUAGUCACGGAUGGCUUAUCUAACAUGGGGAAAGAACUUACAUUAUUCAAGGCCUUCAAUUUAAAAGGUGAUGGAGUUGAGAUAUUCGUGGUGGCUGUUGGGGGUUUUUCUUUCGGCAUGCAAGAAAUUCUUGGCCUUGCUUCGUCUACUGACAGGCAUUUGUAUCGUGUAAUGGAUAUGGAAAGUUUCGUUCAAGUCGCAAACCUUAUUCCUUCCUUGCAAUAAUUAUGUAUUUGAGAUUUUCCUUUCUCUUGAUCGAUGGCCACUUUUGUACUAACUGAGAAAUAAAACACAUUCGAGAGUUGUAAUUCAAGAGGGAUUCAUUUGGUACAUUUGCUAAAUUUCUUCCUGAGGCAUCUCUGCGGGCUGCUGUUCCUUUCAGAUAAAUUGAAAGGUUAUUUUUGUUCUCCAUUGAACGACAUUUUCAUCGGAAUCUUUUGAAAGUAAAUGCAAACAUCAGUUACUUAGUGUCCCAUUUCGUAUCACCCCAUAAAAAUGACUCUUGCAUGCGUGGAAUGCCUGUGUUUUUCAAGAACGUUCAGGCUGAGAUCAACCAAAAUUUUAGAAACAUACUAAGAACGUAUAUAUUGUAACAAAAGAAGGGAAAUUUAAAAAAAAAAAAGAAUUUAUGUCAUUAUUCCAAAUACCUCAUUACAAUUCCAAGUUGUAAUGAAAGCUUAUAGAAGGUACCGUUAGCAGAAUCCUGUACCCAUAAAUUAUAUAUGAAACAGAGUUAACCUGAAUAAACAUUUUAAACAAAAGUUAUGGCAAGAACGAGAUUUUAUGUUAUGCAGAUGCAGUAACAAGUUUUAUGAUUAAUUUUCAAGGGUAUGAGUCAGUUAGAUCGUCUUUAUUUUCCUCAUUUUUUGUGAAAAGUAUUAAUUGAGGUAAAAGAAAAGUAAAAUAGUGGUGUAAUUAAAAUUAAAGAAUUCCUAUGGCC